AUGCGUUACAAAGAUGAUGAUCGUGCGAUGCUGAAUGGUAUAGGGAUAAACCAUUUUCGAGAUUUUGGUUCCUCCUUUAAGUCCACCACUGCAGAUGGGUUCUUGAGAACUGGAGUACAUGUUGACUUCAGUAGCAAAAGAAAUGACAUUAGACCGUUUUCCCUGAACGACAACCAAAGACAAACUUGUUCUACUGAAGUUGCAGAUGGUUCUUGUGCUCUGCAACAGGAUAUUUCCCCGGCACACGACAAGGGCAAGGAAGUUGUGGUCCAGGAACUUUCCGGAGAACCUAGAAUCCAAAGCAAGGCAUCUGAGCAUAUAGAUGACAUUCCCAUGGAAAUAAUUGAGCUUAUGGCGAAAAACCAGUAUGAAAGGUGUCUUCUUGACAGAGAAGAGGACAAACAGCCAUCACAAACGACAACCAGCAUAUCCAAGAAUGCUCUGUUGAUUGAUCUCAAUGAAACCUACGAUAACAGCAUGGACAACACAUUAUGGCAACCAAAACCUCUUGGGCCCAAUCAGCAAAGCAGUCACAAUUGCCAGUGGCUAGGUAGUGUCCCAACAACGGUGGCCAGUCAUCCGAAUCCGUUUCCAUCCUCAUUUCGGACCAGUCUCGCUCAAUAUGUCUCAGAAGUUUCCGGACAAGUCAACAAGCUGGAUAAUCCUAAUACACGGAAUUUGAAUUUUGAUCAUGGAAGCAAAUCAUCGGAGAAUUAUUCCAAUGAGAGCAGUAUACCAGCGAUGUACCUACUGAGCCUCAUGGAUCCGCGGCUGAGGUCAAGCAUUCCCAUCGACCAAAGCCGAAACACUAAAUUUUUGAAAGGUCCUUUUUCAUCGGUUCACCACUCCAAGGAAUUUAUAGGACCUCAACCCAGGGACUGUAAUAAGACAGCCUACUCCACAAAGCAAUGGCCUUUCGAUUUUUGCAGCGAGAGAGUGACGCCCGAGACUUCCCGUGAAAACUUCCCCACCAUUCCUCCAGUUGGUACAUUUCAAAGUGGAAAGAGUUCUGCAGAAAAUGCUAACUCCACAUUCCAAGCUUCAUGGAAUCAUCAUCAGGAGAAAAAAUCCAAGAGGAAAGACAGCAACUCUGCACCAAGUUACAACAAUAGUCAUCAUCAAAAGCCAAUCUUUACAAACAGGAGCAGCGAUCCAGGGAAAUUCCAGCUUUUUGGAGCAUCAGAUUCCAUGAUGCUACCUCUGAAAUUUCACAUGACGGAUAACGCCAAGAAACAUAAGACAAAAAAAGCAUAG